UUUAAAGGGAACAGCUGUUUAUUCUUUUUGUUUUAGAUGCCUGUCAAAUGCCAAAUAUUAUCAAGCAAGUUUAUUGCACUAAACAUCGAUGCACUGGCACAGGAACUGAAAUCUGAAGGCUCAAACCGACAAAACAAUGUCGUAUUUAACUAAACCGAGGAAAAAGAAGGAUGCAAAGUCCCAAGCACCGCCAAAGACCCCUCAAAAUCUUCAGUGUGUCGCUCCCACAUCGCCGCUACAUGCUGCAAUGUAUGGGAUAUCACUUCUCCUCAAUACGCGUCUCUCAACAGCGGAACUGGACCUUUGUAUAGAGCUGCUGAAUGCGGAGGUGCAUCCGAAGGCGUUAGCCGACGUCGUCAGACCCUUGCUGAAUGCCAGAAAUCCACCCGAACAAUUGGACGACUGAUAUCUUCCAACAUCUCGGUCAAACCAAAUCUUUACAUUCACAACCAACCUGCUCAACCCUCAAACACGGACGUGAUCAAGAGAACACAAGAAUCUGAGAAACCAAUCAGUCGUAUUUUGCAAAGAUAUUAAAUUCUUCCAUUUGUUUAUUUUGAAUCAGCUGUUACCUUGGUGGAUAGUGAUGACCAUUUGGCACGAUAACACAUCGAUAAACAGUCAAAAACUAAAAAUGUACAUGCACUUGGACUUUUAAAUUAUCUUAUUGUCACCACCAAGUUUUUGUUUUUUUUUAAGGAAGGAUUUAGCAGUUUGUCCAAAACACAAGUCUAGUACAAAGUCAUAUUUGAAUUGAAAAAUAUCGAUAUAUUUUUGACAGCUCUAAUGCAGAAUCUUGGCUGUGUAAAAUUCUUGCCUUAUCGCUGGUUAUUUGCGAGCAACCUGUGCAUCGCGAUAGCUUUUGCAUCCACAUCUUCUGUCACAAGGUCUUUACCCUCCAAUACAUCGAGUCGUUUGUGCAGGAGCAACCAGCAUAUCUUUGAUAUCCAGAGAUCAGCUUCGAAGAUGAGCGACAAGACGUCGGGUGCAGGAGGUGCAGCAGCAGCGGAGUCCUACCAAGCCGGGAGUAACUCUGUGGUCUUUAUAACCACUCCAGACCGGGAAUCGGCCAAGAAGCUGGCCCACAGCAUUAUCGAACGCCGGCUGGCCGCCUGUGUUAAUAUUGUGCCGCAGAUUGAGUCCAUCUACCUGUGGGAGGGCAAAGUCAACGAGGACAACGAGUAUUUGAUGAUGAUUAAGACGCGCACUGAACGUGUGGACGAGUUGAGCAAGUUCGUCCGCGAGAAUCAUCCAUACAGCGUGGCCGAAGUCAUCUCCUUGCCCAUUCAAAACGGCAAUCUGCCAUAUCUGAAGUGGAUCACAGAGACGGUACCAGGACUAGGAAGCAAGGAUUAAACCAAAUAUGUCAAGAAUUUAAUUAAAUAUACUAUAUAUUCUU